AUGUCUGAGUACAUUGGUGCUCGCAUAUCCCUCAUCUCGAAAAGCGAUAUCCGCUACUCGGGCACUCUCGUCGAGAUCAAUUCCGAACAGUCUACGGUAACGCUCGAAGAUGUCCGUUCUUUCGGUACCGAGGGCAGACGCCACGGUAAAGACGAGUUUGGUCCCUCAGACCAUACUUAUGAGCAGAUAGUCUUCCGUGGAAGCGAUGUAAAGGAUCUACGGAUAGAACAACAGGCACAACCGAAAGCUCCGCCCCCACCCAUGCCAGAUGACCCGGCGAUCAUAGGAGUUCCGCAGCCUCUUUCAAGAGAAAGAGAAAACAUUCCUCCUCAACUUAAACACCGACCGCCUCAACCCCAGGUGCCCGAUUUCUCCGCCCACUUUCCCGGUGCGUUUCCACAAGGCCGAUUUGGUGCUCCCCCGAAUGCGCCUUUCAACAAUUAUGGACCACAGCCAGGGUUCCCGGGUGGCCCAGGUCCUUUCCCUGGUUCUUAUGGUAUGCCUCCGCCACCUUUCGGAGCACCUCCUGGCUGGUAUGCUCCUGGACAAGGUGGCUUCAAUCAACCCCCAGGACCGUUCUCACCGCCCGUGCCAAUUGGCCCACGCAGUCAACAGAAUGAGAACCAACCGCCACAGAGUGCAGGUAGCACAGCUGCGCCGAUUGGCCCUCCCAUGACCAAAGACACCAAGCCGGGUGUCCAGCCGGCUGUUGCUGAAGCGGACAGCACGAACAAGCCAUCCCAAAAGUCGGUUGUGCAGCCAGUUGGCGCAGUACCGACAGCGGGCGCAGCAAAGCAACCACCCCCACCUCCUAUAGAGUCGAAGCCUGACGUUGCAGCUGCUCUGGCCCCUCCUCCUCCGCAACCUGCUCAAACCGCUGUGCCCAAACCAGGAGUGACAGCUCCGCAAAGCGGACGCAUAGUUCCUGCCGUUCCUUUACCCACCUCUACGGCUACACGGACUGCGCCUCAAACUGCAUCUCAGCCAGUAGCUGCCACUUCUAAUGCUCAAACAACACAGAGCAGACCCAAUAUCGCCGAUGCCACAAGAGGGGCCACUGCUGCGGUGGCAGCAGCUAUGGCCAAUCUUCAGCUUGCCGGUGCGAAAACUGCUCCCCAGAACAAAGCCAAUGGAGGUGCAUUGGACAACUUAACUCAAAAGGUCAAUGAGAUGCGCGCUGACGAUCAGAAUCGCCAGAGCCGGCAGGUCGGCACUGGAGGAUAUGCUGCCGGGAAUCGUGGAGGACGCGGCGGCCGCGGCGGUCGAGGUGGUCAUCACCACGCGAAGAUUGAGGUUCCCCAGACUCCAUACGACUUUGAAUCCGCGAAUGCGAGGUUCAACAAGGAAGAUCUUGUAAAGGAAGCCAUUGCGUCAGGCGCUCCUCUCGGUGAGGACGUUGGGUCGCCGUCAGGAGAGGGCCAAGCGAACGGGACAAAGGAUACUAUCAUUCCUCCGCCUGCUUACGAUAAGGGAUCAAGUUUCUUCGAUAACAUAUCUAGUGAGCUGAAAGACAGAGAAGAAGCAGCUUCUCGGCGAGGACAGGAGUUCAGAUCGGAAGAAAGAAGAAAGAACAUGGAGACCUUUGGUCAAGGAAGUGUCGACGGUUUCCGCGGCAGCUAUCGCGGUCGCGGUCGCGGACGAGGGCGGGGGCGGGGCUUCGGAUAUAGGGGCCGUGGUGCUCCUAGAGGACGUGGAGUCAGUUCCGGCGCGGGUCCGGCAUCUGAGACUGUUUCCUCUGCGCAGUAGGUAUCUGCGCGUCACGAUCCAAAUGACAUUUUGGGAGUUCGUAUGGAUGUUCGGGGUUUUUUGCUGGCUAACCGCUGUCACCCGGCUAUCAACUGGUCUUACCAUUGGGGUUCAACAUGGUAAGUUGGGAACAUGUGAAAAGUCUCUCAAGGUGGUGUGGAGCACGCUGAAACAACUCCUGGUUUCUCGCUCCUUGUGUACGUUUGCGUUGCCUUGGCCCAAUUGCCGUGUACCAAUAGCAGAUUGCAAUCUGGGUUCUCGUGUGCGGUCA